GAUGCUCCAUUGUCUCUUCUCUCCUUCUCAGGCAUUUGUGGUUCCUGCGCUAUGAACAUCAAUGGCGGGAACACCCUGGCCUGUACCAAAAGAAUUGACACCAACCUUAGCAAGGUCUCCAAAAUCUACCCUCUCCCCCACAUGUAUGUGGUAAAGGAUCUCGUUCCGGACAUGAGUAACUUCUACGCUCAGUACAAAGUCAUUGAGCCUUACCUGAAGAAGAGAGAUGAAUCGAAUCAGGGCAAAGAGCAGUAUCUGCAGUCUAUAGAAGAUCGUGAGAAACUGGUUAAUACUUAU